GGUUUGCUUGCAUCUGAAAAAUGUCCUCUUCUAGGUGAGGUACAGUACAAUUGUACAGAAUAAAGCCAUACAACUCACGCUUGAUCUGGCCCAAUUCUACCUGUCUCCUGCUGAUCGAUGGCGGAGCCACCACCUCUAACGGCACCGGCGCCGGCGCCGGCGACUCCUCCGAGAUUGGCGGGGUUCGAGCAGUUGGACGCGCGCAUCAAGGAGCUGACCUCGUCGCAGGGGGAGUUGCUGGACAGGAUCCAGAAGCUCAAACUGGAGGUGCAGAACUGGCGCUCCAACCUCGAGACACAGGUCAAGACAAGCCAGAAUGAACUUUUGGAGCUGAAGAAGGGGCUAAAUUCUGAAGUGGAGCUGCUGAAAUCGGUCUCUCUCUUUCUCUUUCAUAUUCUUGCUUUGUUUGUUCUGAUUCUUAGGUCGUACUGCUCAUGGUUCUGGCAUAUGAUUCUAGGAAAUGAAGGAAAUCAGGUAUGCAAUUCAGGAGGAAAAGGGCACUUUACAGACUCAGUUUGCAGAUAUAGAGAAGAGCAACGAAGACACAAACCAAGCCCCGCAGCCUCGAGAACCAGCACAGGAGUUUGAUACCGAUGCUCAUAUGGAAAAACAAACUGCAAUGGAAGCAUGAAUUGGUGCUCCAUACAGACGGUUGGUUCCAUUCAAUGUAUUGCACGAAAAUGCUCCGUAACUAUAUGAAGUUGAGUUUUGGAAAAUACAUGUGCCAAACUCGAAUGCAUACUUGCAAGUUUCCUACUGCAUGUUUGUAUAUCAGUACCAGCAAACUGAAGUACUGUUGUACAAACAAAAACAUAUAUUUGCCGUAGUGAGAAUUGCUUGAGUUGUAACAAUUCCAUGUACUCUCUAUUAUUAAAAGAGCUCUGCAUAGCCAAGUUGUACACACGCACAUGCUCUGAAUCAUGUAGAUCUAGAUGGUUAAGUGCCAAACUGAGCUGAA